AUGGCAGCAGGCCAACAUCCAAACGCGGCGCAUCUCGCCGGACAAGGUCCAGGAGCUGGUAUAGUUCAGCAGAUGCACCCUGGCGUUUCUGCUCCGGGAGGCCAACAAGUGACACAGGGGGGUCCAGUGAUGGGCGGAAUGCCGCCAGGCACUACCGGUCCUGGCGGACCCGGCCCUAGUGCUCAUGCGUUAUCUCAUCUCGGUCCUACCCAUGGACACCAAAUGUUUCCACCUCAGCAAAUGGGACAAGCCUACCCUGCCAACCCUCAGCUAAUUCAACAACAUCAACAAAUGCUGAGACAACGUCAAAUGAUGAUGCAACAGCACCACCAACAGCAGCAACAGCAACAGCAGCAGCAGCAGCAACAACAACAGCAGCAGCAGCAGCAACAACAACAGCAGCAGCAGCAACAGCAGCAACAACAACAUCAACAGCAGCAGCAGCAGCAGCACAACCCGCAGCAGCAGCAACAACCGCAGCAGCAUAACCAACAGCAACAACAGCCUCCACAACAGCCACAGCAUGGAGGAAUCCCUGCGUCCUUACCCAAUGGAACCCAAGGAUUGAAUGCGGCACAGCUUGCUGUUCAGGCUAAUCCCAAUAUGCGACCCGUUAACUUUCCUAUUCAUCCUCUUCAGCAACAUCUGCAAACCCAAGGACAUCAUGGCCAACCACAUAAUGUGCAACAGCAGCAGCAAUUCCUUGCCCUGCAAUUAGCGGCGCAACAAAAUCAACAGAACCAGCAAAAUGCCCAACAACGAGGCGGACCGCAACCUUCUAUGCACGACGGGCAGAGUGGUACUCCCCAUCCGCAACCAGGGCCCCCCAGCCAAGGGAAUACCCCAUCACAACCGCCCCAACAAUCGAAUCAGCAGCAACCACCAUCAUCCCAAGCGCCUCCGCAGCAGGGGCAACCACCCCAGACACAAUCUCAGCCCCAGCCACAAGGACCAAACUCUCAAAGCCAGCCCCCACAGCAACCUCCGCAAUCACAUCAAAUGACUUCCCACGAAGCGCAACUCAGAGCCCAACAACAGAAUGCCGGAUCGGCAAUGAUGAUGCCCCAAAGGAUUGCCAACCCUGUAAAGAGGUCCAGCAUUCUUCGAUUAUUGACAUUCGCUGAACACCUGAGUGCAUAUUCCAGCCAAAAACCCCAGCCUGGAAUAGAGUAUUGGAGUCGAUUUGUAGAUCAAUUCUUUUCGCCUAGCGGAGCCCUACGUAAGGGCGUUUGGUGCCCGGAGCAAGGGGCCAAACAGUUCGAAAUCUCUACUCCUGCUCUUGCCCGAUACUACCACACCCAGUUUAACAGUGGUAUAAGGCAUAUACAAAUGAUUGUUGAAAAUGUGCAAGAAAAAGAUCUCCCUAACGGCAGCCAAAUUGUUGAGAGUUCUAAGACAUGUUUCAUUUAUUACAUGUCUAACGAUUGUCAACUUGUUGCCAACGGCACCUUGCGAGCUCAAUACGAUAUACAUGGUAAAAUUGACCUACUGGAACUUAUCACUAAGAACCACACAGAGUACAUCCCGCGUACUCGACUUCAACCAGUCUCACCAGACCAGAAGCAGAGUCCCAAGGUUAGCAAAGGGCUGGCCAAGAGAGCACAGCAAAAGCAGGCAGCUUUACGCUCAGUUAUCGCACCUGACUCUAUAGUUACGGAACACGGCGUCCCACCUGCUGUCAUGAAAUUUUUAGAGGUCGCGGAGACAAUCUCUCAAAUGCAGACAUUGUUCCAGUAUUCCAUUCAGCACCCACAUCUAUCUCCAAACGAUGCUCUCCGACAAUUAGUUGCUUCAUUCAACGCUCCUCAGGCUCUUGGAUUUGGUCCAGGCCACCCCGGAAGUCAGCAGCCACCUGGACAACGUACACCAAACCUUAACGGGCCUACCCAGUUUUCCUCACCUGCAGUAGCUCAUCUAGGAUUACCAGGCGCACAAGGCUCUCCUCAUCUCGGAGCAGCGAACCACACACCUAGCCCUGCGCAAAACAGCAUGGCAGGGCCUGUUGCAAUGGUUGCGCAACAAAGCCAGCAGGGAACCAAUACAAGUGGCAGCCAAGGAACUAGCGCUAAUACCAGCCCCAAUGUGAGUAAUAAGCGCCGCCGAAGCGCUAUCAAAACCGAAGAUGAUAAUGCGGGAAUGGCAGAGGUAAACGGCGCAGGGCCCGGUGCAUCCAAGGCACCGAAAGCUAGCCCAAGGGUUGGUGGCAAAAGGCAAAAGGGCUCAAACUGA